AACAGUGCUGUCAAUCCAGCAGUUAAAGAAAGUCUGUUAUCUACUAGAAUAAUGCAGCUGUCGCCUUGUAGUGGUAAGUAACUGUCAUUCAUCUCCCAUCAGCAGGAGGAAAUUGAGAGGGUACUACAUUAAGUAAAUAUGGUUUUAGUCCUUUUCUUAACACAUUAUCAAACCACACUCACAGCUUUUUAGCCCUGUAGGAUCACUGAGGGGCUCUGCAGCAGGAGCUGAAAGGGGCUCAGCAGCAAAAUUGUGGUCUUGCCUUCCAUAAGUAGUGACUCCAAGCAUGGACUGGAGCAACUUACAGAAAACUAGUUCUGUGGUCCUGUGUAUUGUAGGCUCCAUGGUUGUGCAGGACUUGCCUGUGGCUCUAAAUACUUACCAUAGCAUACAGAUCUUGAAAAUAGGAGGUUUACGUACGUCUAACCUGUAAUUGGAGAUUUAUCAAGAUGUGUCUCAGAAAAACCUUUAAAAUUCCUUACUUAAGAGUUGCUUGGGAAGAAUGCGAAGCAGAGUCAAGUGUUACCAGUUAAGCCAUUUUUUUCCAUUGUUCCAGCCACUUAUCAUUCAAUUGGUACAUUCAGUGUGUACUGGGAGAGGGGACAGAAAUGUAACUAAAUAUUUGGCACCCUGUGUUAAAUUGAGUUGUUAAAAAAAAAAAAAAAAAAAAAAAGCCAAAAAAACCGCACACUAAAGCACAGAAGUGAUGUAGUGUAGUAGGAAUUGGAGGGAUAUGAGGCUCUAAUUUCUAAUACAUACCUUAACUUUGAACACUGAAAAUUAUUCCUGACUCAUAAAACGCUACAGAAAGACACUUAAUGCAAUACAGUUAUCCCAUAUCUUCUUAUGGAACCCAUUACUGAGAGCUGGAAAGGAUGUCACAUCCACUUCUUGGCAUCUGUGGUACUUAUGACCUAGAGUAGGACCACUUACAGUCAACAGCUUUAUCUGAUGUUUCACCACCUGCAGUUACCCAAUCCUAAGGCAGUCUGGCCUAUCAUACUUGUUCAGGAAUCUGAGUAUUUGCAGUUUGAGUGGGACAAGGAGAAAGGGGCUGGCAGGGAUGUAGAAUUUUCUUAGUCUCUUGACUGCCGUGGGAUGCAACAUGGUUUGUUUGUGGAAGGGUGGCUGCUACCACUUUGCAUUCUUGGCUGUAGAGUCUGAAGUGCUUAUGUGGUCUGAUCCCACUUCUGGUCUGGGCCCUGUGUGAUGCUUACCUGGAAGGGGUAGUGGUCUAUAACCCAGCCUGUUUUAAUUUGAUUUAGAGAGUGUCUUUUAGACAGACCAAGACAAACAUGUACAGUCUUUCUUCUGCCUUCUUGCUCCACAAUGCUGCCGUAGAAAUGAAAGGUGAUGGAGGACUUGCCAGGCAUCAUGGUGAGUAUCAGCCCAUGGCUGCCUCCACGCUGGACCUCCUGUCCUGAAAAGCAUCUGCUCUCCCAGCUGAUGAUGAGGUUGUCAAGACGGAGACGAAGGUUUGUGCAGUGUGGAAGCACAAGUCCUUUCCUCAUCCAAGCACUGCGCUGCUUGGCCCAGUCAUGGCAGCCCUUGUGAAAAGCAUGUGUAAAGCACGUGCUGCUGCUCUGUGAGCCAGUGGUGCAUGUGGAGCCACCCCCUGAGAGCACAGUAGCAGGAAGGUGUUCGUGCAGCACAGGCCAUUUGACAAGAUGUCACCCCGCAGUGGGGCUAGUUCUCCUCUCUUGACAGUAAGUUUUAUACUAACUUUAUUAACUUCAAGGGAGUUGCUCCAGAAUUCAUGCUAUUAGUUGUGAAUGCUGAAUCUGGCCCAAGGGCUUGGUUUUUAUCCUUGUAACUUUUUGUUGACUUUUGUAGUCUUUAUAAGCCCAUGUAUAUAGAGCCCAUACUUAACUCUUCUAAAUAAAAUAAAACAUUUUGCAGGAUGGAUAAACCUGUAUCUCUGUCCAUUUUGGUUUUUUUUUUCCGCAUGUAUUUGUUGAAAGCUUGCAGAAAGAUUUAAAUGUGUUGUCUAAGAAAAGCGACUGAAAUUUAUUGUCUUGUAAUUGCAAGAGUGAUAGUAUAUCCAUUUUUUGUGUGCUUAGGCAAAGUUGGAAUAUACAUACACUUUUUUUAUCUGCUAUUCAAUCUAGGUUAGUUUGAUUUGCAGUUAUUUGAAAAUGGUCAUCUGUCUACUGCAAUGCUUUGAAAAGAAGCUGGCUGAUAAAGCAUGUGUGUAUUUUUGGUGGUUUUGUUUUUCUGCCUUGAGAUCAGCAGAGAGAAAUUAGUUACAUGUAAAGGAAAAGAAAUUGUGAAGCUGCUAUCACAUUCUCUUAGACUCAUUCUGGGUUGUUUUUUUUUUUUUUUGGCAAUGCUGUAAACAACUCAGUUGAAAAUUACUACAUGUUAAUGCCAUCUUGUUCUCUUUGAAGCUGAUAGGGAUUUUACUGACAGUGUGAGUAUGAGAGGAGUAUGAAGAACUUGCCAUGGUAGAGUGAAAGUAGCAAAAGGAAGUUAGAGCCCUACUAGUUCUCUGGCAGGAAUAACAGUAUUUUGUGAUACGUAAUCAUCAUACAUGAUUUGGAAUUAGUGAACCCAUUCGUGUGGCUGUUGCAUGAAAAGACUAUUAAUGAUGCUGCACCAUGGAGGAUUCUGGUCUGUGAGGAUGAUGUAUAACAAGAGGGUUGGAUGAGACAAAGGAAUUGCAUUUUUCCUCCUGAUCUUAGAACAGGAUUUCCAAGAUAGCCUUAUAAAUGAAAGGUCUUGGAAGGUGUCUUACAUGUGACUUGUCUCUGAAGAGUAAAACCCCUGCUGUGUACAAAAGCUGGUGUCAUCUUCUGGAGCUCUGAAAAGCCUGGAGGCACUGAAUCAUUUUGUGUUAUUUAAAAACUAAGGGACAAAUCCUUAGCUGCAAAUGACAUGCUCCAUUACAAUGAAUGGAGCACUGCAAAUUGUCUCUCAUGUGGGAUGCUAACAGUCCCCUCCCCAGUCUCACGUAUACAGCCUUAGAGGCAGAAGCAGCUUUAUUGAGGGGCUUUCCUGAAAAAAAAACCAAAACCAAAAACAAACAAACAAACAAAACCAACCCAAAACCAAAAAACCAAAACCCAAAAACCAACCCCAAAAACAAAGUAAAACAAAAACAACCCUCCCCCAAAAAAUAACCCCCUGAAUCAACUGUUCCACACUCCACCGGCUCCAGAAUGUGAAUGUCAUCUGGGCCAAUGCCCAGGACUAAAGACAGUGCUCUAAACAUGGUCUCAUGAGUGGCUUGUAAAGGAAAAGAAAAAAAAACAAAAACUUUUUGGACUUCUAAAUGGUUCUUUUACAGUUUUUUUGCAUCCAAAAUGAUGUAUUUGGCUGCUGCUUUGUAUUUGCUGAAUACAAAUCCAUGCUUUCCAGUAAUUAACUCCAGGGCUUUUUGACCCUGACUUUGUUGAAGCAUACUCCCAACAUGAAAAUAACCUUAAGUCUUAUGGGUUUUCCUUUCACACGUGAUGUGUGUUACAUAUGCUGGCACUCCCUUUUUUAACCUGCCUCUGGAUCUGUAGCCUUGUCUUCCUCUUAAUCCUUUGCUCAAUAGUUUCUCUUAAUGUAUGAUGCUUUUUGAGCAUGUGCCAAAGCAUGUAUUUAAAUACAUUGAGAAUGAAUGUGUGGAAAGCAACGGAAAUAUUUGCUUGACUGAACUGAUUGUGUUCCUCACGGAGCUUAAUGGUUCAGGUGAAGAGUCAGAGCUGUGGAACAUGUGAGGAUGGCAGCAGGCAGGUCUGAGUGAGUGAUCAGAGCAGCAUGUUGAGUCAGUGCAUGGAGAAAGGCUAUUUACUGUAGAAGAGUACCCUCUCUUGUCUUACUGCCCUGCAGAUGCCCGGUCAGGUGCUUAAGACAAAAGCCAAAUGCUCAAGCAUGGGGUGGUUUCUCUUGUGUGGAGAAAUGGGCAGAAUUGCCAGCUGUUGUUUUCCAGCUCAGCCUGGGCUGAUGUGACAGGGAGUUCAAGACACGUGGUGGAGUCUUCCCGGGGAAGAUGUCAUCUUUAACAAUGAAAGCCCAUUGUCUGGACAAAAGAGGAAGUUUCUUUAAGCUCAUUGACACAAUUGCCUCAGAAAUCGGAGAACUGAAACAGGAGAUGGUACAGACAGAUCUCACAGUGGAAGAUGAAUCAGCUGAUUUGCAAAGUCUAAUAAAGAACAUGGAUAAUGUCUCUUCUGAGAAAAAUGAUGUAAAAAGCUGCCCCCGGGACUCUGGAUAUGACAGCCUAUCCAACAAGCUAAGCAUAUUGGACAAGCUGCUCCAUACUCACCCUGUGUGGCUGCAGCUUGGUCUGAAUGAUGCUGAAGCCGUGGAAAUUCUGCAGGCCCAGCCUCCUGGGAUAUUUCUGGUUAGGAAAUCUGCAAGAUUGCAGAAGAAAGUCAUCUGUCUGCGUCUGUCCAGUGACUGUGGGUCUUGCCUAAAAGAAUUUGCAAUAAAAGAAAGCACAUACACGUUUUCCUUGGAGGGGUCUGGAAUAAGUUUUGCUGAUUUAUUCAGGCUGAUUGCUUUCUACUGUAUUAGCAGGGAUGUCCUUCCAUUCACCCUGAAGUUGCCUCAUGCUAUUUCUGCAGCAAAGACAGAAGCUGAACUUGAAGAGAUUGCUCAGCUUGGACUGAACUUUUGGAGCUCCCUGGCUAACAGCAAGCUCCCGGAUCCUACACCUCCCCGCAGGCCUGUGCCUUUGGACAGUGCUUGUAAAGACUCGCGUCAGCUCUGCCUUAUAAAUGGAGUGCAUUCUAUACGAACCCGAACGCCUUCAGAGCUGGAGUGCAGCCAGACCAACGGAGCGCUGUGUUUCAUUAAUCCCCUCUUCUUAAAAGUGCACAGCCAGGAUGUCAGUGGAAGUCUGAAAAGGCAGAGCCCAAGAACUCAAGACGUGAAUGGCACUGCGAGGCCUCGCUCUCCCCCACCCCGGCCACCACCUCCUUCUAUUAAUAGCAUCCUCACGAGUCCGCAGCUUUCCAGGACUAUAAAGCAGGCGAGCAUGCCAGAAACGGUCAACCAUAAGAAAGAGAGAGGCUUGGAUUUACUGCAGAGUAAACCAACGCCUAUUCCGCCGCCUCGGCUGAAGAAGCAGGCUGUCUGCUCAGAGGUGGAAGGCAGCUCAAAGUCUGCAGCGGUGAUUCGACCGGGCUGCGGCUCAGUGCCUGUGCCUGAAGCUGCUGGUGUCUCAGGUGAAACCCUGCCUGAGCUGGCUCCAGCAGCUGCCCCGAAGACGGUAGCUACCAGCUCUGAGUCACACAUCCCGUGGAAUGGAGGCAGGCAGAGACUGAGCGACAUGAGCAUUUCCACCUCCUCGUCUGACUCGCUGGACUUCGAUCGGAGCAUGCCACUGUUUGGCUAUGAGGGGGACACAAACAGCAGCCUGGAGGAUUUUGAGGGGGAAAGUGACCAAGAGAGCAUGGCACCCCCUUUGAAGCCGAAGAAAAAAAGAAACAGUUCAUUUGUUCUCCCCAAGAUUGUGAAAUCUCAGCUACGGAAAGUCAGUGGAGUUUUCAGUUCCUUCAUGACCCCUGAAAAGAGGAUGAUUAAGAAAAUUGCAGAGAUGUCCCAGGACAAACGCACUUAUUUUGGAUGCCUGGUACAGGACUAUGUCAGCUUUCUCCAGGAAAACAAGGAGUGCCAUGUUUCGAGCACCGAUAUGCUGCAAACAAUUCGGCAGUUCAUGACCCAAGUCAAGAACUAUUUGUCCCAAAGUUCCGAACUUGAUCCCCCAAUCGAAUCACUGAUUCCAGAGGACCAAAUAGAUGUUGUCCUGGAGAAGGCCAUGCAUAAGUGCAUUCUGAAGCCAUUGAAGGGCCAUAUUGAAGCAAUGUUAAAAGAGUUUCAUACAGCGGAUGGUUCUUGGAAACAGCUAAAGGAAAACCUGCAGUUGGUGCGGCAGAGGAAUCCUCAGGAACUGGGUGUGUUUGUUCCAACACCAGACUUUGUGGACAUUGAAAAGAUUAAAGUCAAGUUCAUGACCAUGCAGAAAAUGUAUUCACCUGAAAAAAAAGUCAUGCUGCUGCUGCGAGUUUGCAAACUGAUUUACACUGUUAUGGAGAAUAACUCAGGGAGGCUGUAUGGAGCUGAUGAUUUCUUGCCUGUGUUGACAUAUGUACUAGCCCAGUGUGAUAUGCUAGAACUGGAUACUGAAAUUGAAUACAUGAUGGAAUUGCUGGAUCCAUCUUUGCUGCAUGGAGAAGGAGGCUAUUAUUUGACAAGCGCUUAUGGCGCACUUUCACUGAUCAAGAACUUCCAGGAAGAACAAGCUGCCCAACUGCUAAGUUCAGAAGCCAGAGACACUCUCCGGCAAUGGCACAAGAGGAGGACAACUAACAGGACGAUACCUUCAGUUGAUGAUUUUCAGAACUACCUUCGUGUUGCAUUCCAGGAAGUUAACAGUGGAUGUACAGGAAAGACCUUGCUCGUAAGACCAUACAUCACUACCGAAGAUGUAUGUCAGCUUUGUGCUGAAAAGUUUAAAGUGGACAAUCCAGAAGAAUACAGCCUGUUUCUUUUUGUUGAUGACACGUGGCAGCAACUGACAGAGGAUACCUACCCUCAGAAGAUUAAGGCAGAGUUGCACAGCCGUCCGCAGCCCCAGGUCUUUCACUUUGUCUACAAGCGCAUUAACUGUGAUCCAUAUGGUGCCAUUUUUCAAAACAGUGAUGACUCAGCUUCUUAAAACCAGCAACUCAUUGCUUAAUUCCUGUUCCUUGUUAACUGUUGAAAACAUCUUUCUCAGCUGCCUUCCUUAGGACCUAAAACACGUCUAAAACCAUAAAUGCCUAGUAAAACGCGCAGACACUUGUAGCAUUGCUUACAAGACCCCAUGUAAACCAUGCAUAUGGCCAGUUGUGCAGAAUAUUCCACCAGCGUGUUUCAGUAAACAGCCCAUGAAGCUGAAUUUCUUGUACCGGACUCUUUUGAAGCAUCUUAUACUGUGGCCCUUUGCAGGUCUUUUGCUGUAGUGUGCAAAAAUCUAUUUUCUUACACUCAUCCUUUAGCCAAAUGUCAUUUUGAUUUUAAAUAUAUGUAUGCUAGACAAGUAUUUCAGUAAACUGGCUGGUAUGAUCUCAGUUUCACCAGCAUGAGUUUGACAAGACUGUCCGAUGCAGGGCAUCAGUUAACUCCUGAUUACCUGGAUGAUUGCAUCCUUUCCCAAGUUUUUAAUUACAGAAUCACCAUGUUUAUAUAUAUAUAUCUCUCUCUCAUAGAAAUUUUAUAGCAGUUGCAGGUAAACUGUCAGGGUUGGGUUUUGAAAUAUUUUUUUAACUAUAAAGUAUUCUAUAAUUAUGCAUGUGAUUUUAACAUUUAAUAUACAAGAAUAAAUCUCUUGCUGGUUUUAGAGUAUUGCAUUAAAAGUCUUGUGGUUUCUCUUCUUUUCCUGUCACAGGAGAGUUCUCACGAAACUUCUGUUAUCUGUAAGAAGAUGGUAACAUUGGCACUGGCAAUUUCAGUGCCUUUAUCUGAAUUUGAUGUACUGUUAUCUGGAUUAUUUUUUAUAUGCAUUGUUUUAGUCAGAACUUGGGGGUUGGAAGAGGAAAUUGAAAGAAAAGGUUAUAGAGAAGGGGCAGAGAAAGAAUGUAGAGAACAUGAUUUAGGAUUAAAAUGUGUCAGUCUGCUGGUUCAGGCUCCUUGCAAAAAACAAGUGAAGAUGGUUGGUAAAGAACUUCUAUGUAAGUAGUAUUGUAGAUUUGCAGAGGGAUUUGACAACACCUAUCUCAGACACUGUUUAUGUUAGCAGAGGAUUAAAUACAUCAGUAAGGUGAAGGAGAUCUCUUAACUAUUUUGUAUAGUCUGUCACCAACAUCAGAAUGUAUCUUGGACUGAAGAAUGUGUUGUAGCAUUUCAUGAUUCUAAGUUACUCAGUAGGUGAGAUGUGAAAGUAAGUCCUACAUAUGCAGAGAUAAAAUGUGUGUUCUACACAUGUUCUAUAGAUCUUAGAUUUAUCUUGGAUAAAUCUAUAGGUUUAUCCAAGAUAACCAAUGCUGUGGGUCAUGCUGUGGACCCUAAUCAUGUCAAUUAGGGCUACUCUUUAGAAGGACAUGGGGUUCUCCCCAAGUCUGCUGUGAGCAGUGUAACACAAGGCAGAUGAUUACAAAAAUGUUAUGAGAAGCAUGUGUAUUGUACAUAGAGAAAUGUGUAGCAUUUUUGUCAGUUUGCCAUAUAUCUGAAACUCUUUGACACGUUUGUAUUUCAUUUUGUAAAUGGUGAGUUUUGCACAUAAUACAUGGUAAUACCGAACUAUAA